AUGGAGCUCGUGGCCGUUUUGGAUGUGCUAGUUUUGGUGCUGGGUUUGGCACUCGCGGUGGUAGGCUUCGUGACGAAAUUCUGGUCCACUUGGACUGAAAGAGCUGAAGAACUAGAGCUGGAGCUGGAACUUGACGCAGUAGUACUGGAGCUAGGGACCCCCGUAGAACUGGAACUUGACGAGGAGACGGCAAAACUGGUAGGUAUACUCGAGGUGGAGCCGGAGCUGGAGAUAGAACUUGACGGCUUAGCGGAGCCAGAGCUGGAACUAGAAGCUGAUGUUAUUGAAGAGGAUGGGUUACUCGAAUUUCCUGCAAAGCUGGAGGAGGAGGAGAAAGAUUUAAACGUGCUAGAACUUGACGGGGACGUUGCCGAUCCACUACUGCUGGAACUUGGUGGUAAGGAACUAACGCGGGCGCUGCUGGAAGUAGACGAAGAGGAGCUAAUUGCUGACGCGCUGGAACUUAGUGAUAAGGAAUUAUCGCUGGCGCUGUUGGAAGUAGACGAAGAGGAGCUGAUUGUUGACGCGCUGGAACUUAGUGAUAAGGAACUAACGCUGGCGCUGCUGAAAGUAGACGAGGAGCUGAUUGUUGACGCGCUGGAACUUAGUGAUAAGGAACUAACGCUGGCGCUGCUGAAAGUAGACAAAGAGCUGAUUGCUGACGGGCUGGAACUUGGUAGGGAAUUAACGCUUAUGCUGUUAGAAGUAGAUGAGGAGCUGAUUGCUGGCUCGCUGGAACUUGGUAGGGGAUUAACGCUCGCGCUGCUAGAAGUAGACGAGGAGCUGAUUGCUGGCGCGCUGGAGCUUGGUAGGGAAGAAGUGCUAGACGUUAUUGAUGAAGAAAGGCUACUGCUUGAGGAAGAUCCUGGGACGCUGCUGGAAAAUGAUGAUAAGGAAGUCGUAAGCCCCGUGCUCGAAAUUGAUGAAGAAAGGCUACUGCUUGAGGAAGAUCCUGGGACGCUGCUGGAAAAUGAUGAUAAGGAAGUCGUAAGCCCCGUGCUAGAAAUUGAUGAAGAAAGGCUACUGCUUGAGGAAGAUCCUGGGACGCUGCUGGAAAAUGAUGAUAAGGAAGUCGUAAGCCCCGUGCUCGAAAUUGAUGAAGAAAGGCUACUGCUUGAGGAAGAUCCUGGGACGCUGCUGGAAAAUGAUGAUAAGGAAGUCCUACUGCUUGGAGAAGAUAAUAAGCUUAAGGAAGAUCCUGGGUUGCUACUAGAAGACGCUGACGAGGCACUCCUACUGCUUGGAGAAGAUAAUGAGCUUGAGAAAGAUCCCGGGGUGCUGCUGGAAGACGGCGAUGAUGAGGAAGUUAUGAGCGCUGUGCCAGAGAUCGAUGCGGUAAGACUCGAGCUACUGCUUGGAGAAGAUAAUGAGCUUGAGAAAGAUCCCGGGGUACUGCUGGAAGACGGCGAUGAGGAAGUUAUAAGCGCUGUACCGGAGAUCGACGCGGUAGAACUUGAGCUGCUGCUUGGAGAAGAUAAUGAGCUUGAGAAAGAUCCCGGGGUGUUGCUGGAAGACGGCGAUAAGGAAGUUAUAAGCGCUGUGCUAGAGAUCGAUGCGGUAGAAGUUAAGCUGCUACUUGGAGAAGAUAAUAAGCUUGAGAAAGAUCCCGGGGUGCUACUGGAAGACGGCGAUGAGGAAGUUAAGCUGCUGCUUGGAGAAGAUAAUGAGCUUGAGAAAGAUCCCGGGGUGCUGCUGGAAGACGGCGAUGAGGAAGUUGAGCUGCUGCUUGGAGAAGACAAUGAGCUUGAGAAAGAUCCCGGGGUGCUGCUGGAAGACGGCGAUGAGGAAGUUGAGCUGCUGCUUGGAGAAGACAAUGAGCUUGAGAAAGAUCCCGGGGUGCUGCUGGAAGACGGCGAUGAGGAAGUUGAACUGCUGCUUGAAGAAGAUAAUGAGCUUGAGAAAGAUCCCGGGGUGCUGCUGGAAGACGGCGAUGAGGAAGUUAUGAGCGCUGUGCCGGAGAUCGAUGCGGCAGAACUUGAGCGGCUGCUUGAAGCCGUCGAAGAACUAGAGCUGGAGCUCGAGGAUACGAAGUUUGUGUUGUUAUACAUGUUAAGUCGGUUGGAUCCACCACAGUACUCGGAUGAAUUCGCCUCACAGACGUAG